UUCAAAGUGCAAAGUCAAUAAACCCUCUUAGACUGAAAAUGGCGGACCCUGUGAGCACCUGUGCUUACAACCUGUUGUACCAAGAUCUGAAGAAGUUCUCAAAAAAUGGGGAGCAUUUCUGUAAGGAGCUCAUGACAGUAUUUCAGCAAAGGGCUGAGCUGGAGAUGAGUUAUGCUAAGGGACUUCAGAAGCUUGCUGGAAAACUCAUGAAGGCAUCCAAAGGAAUGAAUGACAAUUCCACAUACCGAGCAUGGUGCCAUGUAUCUGAUGACAUGUACUCUACAGCAGACACACACAGAGCACUAGGAAGUGCUUUUCAGGCAGAGGCUAUUUUAGAAAUUCGACAAGUAAUUGAGGAGCACAACAAGAGGAAGAGACCUCUUGAUAAUGUUGUUGAAAGAAAUGCAAAACUUGUUGUGACAAACUGGAGUGAACAAAUCAAGAUGAAGAAGAAAUUGGUUGGAUUGACAAGAGAGCAUGAAGCCCUGUUCAACUUUGUUGAAAAGAAUACACACAUUUGCACAGAAAAAGAAAAACAGAAGAUGCUGACCAGACUGACAAAGUCUGCUGAGGCCCAGACCAGAACAGAUGAGGAGUACUUCACCGUCAACAUGGAAGGCCAUGAAAUCAGACUGAAGUGGGAAAACACACUGAAAAACUGCUACCAGAUAAUCCAGGAGGUUGAGAAACAGCGAAUAGAAGUUCUGUGCAACAUAUUGAGUAAAUACAACCUCCACAUGGCAAGCUUCAGACACACCCUUGUACAUAGACAGAAACAAAUAGAACAAGCCAUCCAGAAAGUUGAUGUGGAAAAGGAUAUCCAAAAUCUGGUGGAGACCAGUGUAACAGCAGAGGAGAACAAGGCUAAGUUUCUGAUGACUGAUUAUUUUGAGGAGGACAGUAAGUCAUUGAUGGAAAAAUACAGGAGAAGAGAUGCCAUCAAGUCCAAACUCCAGCGGCUGGAGGACAGUAUCGCAAAAACAAAGAAAGACUGUGAAGGCCUUGAGAGAUUGGUGAAGACUUACUCUGAAAACCCAUCGUUCUCAAACAAAAAGAACCUGGAAGAAACGGAACAGUUGAUCGAUGAGACCACUCUGAAACUGAACCUUCUUGAAGCAACUCAUUGCAAACUCUCCAGCACAUUGGCUGAAUUGGAGGGAAAACCAAAGACUUUGCAUCGAUUCAGUGCCAGUAUAACAAAAUGGAAAGAAAAAGAUUGCGAGCACAGUAUUGUUCAGCUGUCCCGUCCAGUCAAAAUCAAAAAGACACCGUUCAGAUCGCGUUUGAGGAGCUCCAUCAUUUACAAAGGACCCCCUCAGAGUGUGACAUCAGCAGAGGCCUCAUCUUUAGAAGUAAACCAAGUCUACACUGCUGUCAUCCAAGAUACUGCAGCCCCAGGGGAAUGUGGCUCUGUCAAUGGAGCCAUGUCCUUGACUGAUGACAAGGAAGGAGAAGGUGCAGAGUGGUGUAGCAUCGGGAAAUGCAGAGCUGUUUACGAUUUCACAUCAGACAGAGAUGACGAGUUGAAUAUGAAAGAAGGAGACCUUCUUGACAUCUAUCAAAAAGAAGACAGCGGUUGGUGGUAUGGGAUAUUGAAAGGACAGAUAGGCCAUUUUCCAUCAACCUACAUUGAGGAGCUGCCCAUGUUAAGUGUUGUAGAAACAUCAGAUGUAUGAGUCAGUGUUGGCGCAAAUGGACAGGGAUUUAGAGCGAGAAAUUCUCUCCGGACAUUUGCAAGGAAGGCAGAGAAGUUGUUGGUCUCCUGGAGUCUCUGCUCCAAGUGAGCCAUGCAGUCCAGUGGUGGGUCGCUAGACACAACUGUGGACCAAAAAUAUGGUUGUGUGACAUUUCCAGCCAUUCAUGAUAACACUCCUAGUUUCCAAAACCAAUUUGUUACUGUUCUGUUCUAUUUACUGUACUCACUCUGGUAUAAUCCUCCUUCGCUGAUCCUCAGCAUGAAGGUGUAUACACAUUCCGAGUCUUUUUGGUUGAUGUCUCGGAAGAUAAACUGCAAUUUCUCUCCUUGAAUAAAAGAAUAACAAUUCCUUUUAA